AUGGAGAACUUCCCCUUCUUUCCCACCUACACCGACAUGACCGGCUUGCUCUCGCCGGCGCUGGAACCGACCCCUUCGCGUCAGGCUUCGCCAUCCGUUCCGCAACCACGCGGUCGACGAUAUGGACGCCGCCGCGCCAGAGCUCGCCGUCACCACCACCAAGAGCAGAACAGAAUCCAGCAGGAAGGCAACGAAGCCGUCCUCAAGCGCCUCGAUAAGAUCGCCGACACUCUCGAGUUCUUGGCCGACAGAGCCAUCGGAGCUGACGUGCCGAACCGCAAAGAGACCACCGCUCCCGCUUCCGCUUGCUCCUGCGAGCAGUACACCAUUUGCGAGAACCAGAGCGUCACUCAACGCUCGGAGUCCCCCGGAGGCCCAUGCGAUCGUGUCCUGUCCAACCUGCCGCCGUUUCCCCACGCCAUCUACCCCUGGCACCACAAGAAGCCGUUCGUGUCCGACCCACGGGACACAGAAGAAUGGCCUGCGUUGAGCCAACAUGAGCGCAACAGCGUCGACGAUGAUGGCAAGAAGAAGGAACAGUCCAGCACGUCGGAGGCAUGUACCGAUUUCGCUGCAAGUAUCGUCAAUGAGCCUAGCGCCUCGUUCUUCCUCCUGGAAAUGGAGCUGAACAUGACGCGCGACCGCCUGCGCUACCUCCGCGAGACAGCUGACACCGCACCCAUCGAGAUUGUCCGCGACGCCGUGCGGCAGUUGACCUACGGCCUCGAGGAGGCUAUCAGUGCGGACCUUGAUCGCUUGCGCAUCAUCAAUGACGCCCGAGAACGAGCUUUCCUCUCAGAUCAAGCCGGCUUUACUGCGCCUGCUCAGAGCGGCACGGGCUCCGUUCCGGGAACGUGUUUUUCGGAAGUCAAAUCAGAGGCCGGUGGUGCGGACAGCGCCCCUCUGCAGAUGCCGCGCUCUGGGUCCAUUGGUAGCCGCAGAUCUCGUGGUAGCAAGUAUGGCACGCCUUCUGGAUCUACCGACGGCACUGCGGAGACUGGGAGUUGGACUCGGGUUGGCAACGAGGAUCAGGCUUAUGACAGCAUGUAG